AUGGCAGUGUUCAGAAAGUUAAAACUUCUUCUCUGGAAGAAUUUCGUCUUAAAGAAACAGAAGACUCUGGUAGCAAUUCUUGAAAUCUUGAUGCCAUUGCUAUUUUCUGCAGUUGUAUUGUAUCUUCGUUUUCAUAGUACUCCAGUGAAAAGACCUUCUAGUAGCUACCAUCCAAUUGAUGUCAGUACAUUGCCAGAAUUCUUCCAUUAUUUUUCUCUGAAAAAGAGAUUUCAACUAGCUUAUAUCCCUUCCAGGAGUGAAACUUUGAAGGCUAUUGUCGAAAUGGUGGGACAGACCUUUGAGUUUGAAGUUAUAGGCUAUCCUUCAGUGCCUUUGUUUGAACGUUACAUAAUUGAUGAUGAAAAAGCUUACUACAUGUUGGCUGGAAUUGUUUUUGACCACAGCUUCAAUGACAGCAGUGGAUCUUUGCCUCUUGCGGUUAAGUAUAGUUUGCGCUUCAGUUACAUUCAGAAGAAUUUUUUCCUGGAGAAGAUUAUAUUUUUUGAAGAUGACGUGUAUGGCUGGUGCACAUCCUUUCUUUACCCUCCCAAUCCACGCCAAGAACCCCGGGAAUUUGCAUUUUCUGAUGGGAGAAGUCCUGGAUACAACAAAGAAGGCUUCCUGGCCACACAGCAUGCUGUGGAUAAAGCCAUUAUGUGGCACCAUGCUCACAAUGUGACGACCAACAUGUUUGAGAGUCUCAAAGUACUUGUGAAGAGAUUCCCACAUGGACCCUAUAUCUAUGACAGGUUCUUCCUAGUCCUUCAGAAUGAGUUUUCUCUGUUCCUCAUGCUCAGCUUCAUCUGUAUUGAGCUCAUCAUCAUCAAUUCCAUUGUACUGGAGAAAGAGAAAAGACUGAAGGAGUACAUGUGCAUGAUGGGACUGGAAAGCUGGUUACACUGGUUUGCUUGGUUCAUCACAUUCUUCAUUUCUGUCUUCAUUGCAGUUUCUUUCAUGACCAUUCUCUUCUGCACAGAGGUGAAAAAUGUGGCAGUGUUCAAGAAUAGUGACCCUAGUCUGAUAUUUGUUUUUCUAAUGUGUUUUGCCAUUGCCACAAUUUUCUUUGCAUUCAUGAUCAGCACAUUCUUCCAAAGAGCCCAUGCCGGAACUGCUGUAGGAGGCAUCAUCUUCUUCUUCACUUACCUCCCAUACCCAUACCUCAUGUUCAGCUACAUCCAGAGAAGCUACUUCCAAAAGAUUGCCUGUUGCCUGUUCUCAAAUGUUGCCAUGGCACUGGGAGUCCGAUUCAUCGCUAUAUUUGAGGAAAGAGGCACAGGCAUCCAAUGGAGGAAUAUGGGCAGUGUACGUGGAGAGUUUAACUUCACUCAGGUGCUGCUGCUGCUGCUGCUGGACUCUUUCUUAUACUGCUUAAUAGCCUGGUAUGUGGAGUCCAUCUUUCCAGGGAAGUAUGGUAUACCCAAGCCUUGGUACUUCUUUGCUCGAAAGCCUGUGCUUGUUACCCAAUCACUGCUGGACAUGAGGGGUCCUGUAAAAGCUCCAAACAGUGAGUUCAUUCAGGAAGAGCCUACAGAUUUGAUCAAAGGAAUUGAAAUUCAGCAUCUGUACAAGGUAUAUCACAGAGGAGGGACUAAACACAUAGCAGUCAACUGUCUGACCAUGAACAUGUACAGAGGGCAGAUCACUGUUCUUCUGGGACACAAUGGAGCAGGAAAAACCACCACUUGCUUCAUGCUCACAGGUCUUAUUCCCUCUACAAGUGGAUGGGCAUAUGUCAAUGGAUAUGAAAUCUCAGAAGACAUAUUUCACAUUAGGAAGAGCCUGGGCUGGUGCCCCCAACAUGAUAUCUUAUUUGAUAACUUAACAGUAGCAGAACAUCUUUCUUUCUAUGGUCAGGUGAAGGGCCUGUCGCGCCAGAAAUGCCCUGAAGAAGUCAAGGAGAUGCUGCGAAUCAUUGGCCUGGAGGACAAGCAGAACUCCCUGAGCCGCUUCCUGAGUGGGGGCAUGAAGCGCAAGCUCUCCAUCGGCAUCGCGCUCAUCGCAGGCUCCAAGGUGCUGAUACUGGACGAGCCCACUUCGGGCAUGGACGCCAUCUCCAGGAGGGCCAUCUGGGACCUUCUUCAGCAGCAGAAACGUGACCGCACCAUCGUGCUGACCACCCACUUCAUGGACGAGGCUGACCUGCUGGGAGAUCGCAUCGCCAUCAUGGCCAAGGGGGAGCUGCAGUGCUGCGGGUCCCCGCUGUUCCUCAAGCAGAAAUACGGUGCAGGAUAUUAUAUGACUUUACUGAAAAAACCUCAUUGUGAUGCAGAGAACAUCUCUCGUCUGAUUUAUCAUCACAUACCAAAUGCAGUUUUGGCAUCCAGCAUUGGAGAGGAAUUGACAUUCAUACUUCCUAAAGACAGUGUGCAGAGGUUUGAAUCUCUAUUUACUGACUUGGAACUGAGGCAGGUAGAGCUGGGCAUCUCCAGCUUUGGGGUGUCUGUCACCACCAUGGAGGAUGUCUUCAUAAGGGUUUGUAUGUUGGCAGAUGCCAGUACAGCUAUCAUCCCAAACAUCAGACGUCCCUCUAUCCAUCCCCAGCCCCUGCUUAGCAGAAUUCCUGUUGACAGAAUUAAACAACUUCAUUCAAGGAUCUUCUCAGUGCAGACUGGGCUGCCAAUCAAACCAAACACUGGGUUCAGUCUUCUCUGCCAACAAUUUUAUGCCAUGCUCCUGAAAAAGGCCACAUAUUCUUGGCGCAACUGGAUGUUGAUGUUAUCAAUACAGAUCGUGGUCCCUCUGGUGAUCACCAUGUUAAGCCUCAUGUUCUUCAACUUCAAAGAAAGAAUCACGGAAAAUGUCCCAUUGGAGCUGACUCUGAAAACAUAUGGUCAGACCAUUGUUCCUUUCUUUAUUUCUCAGAAUUCCAGGCUGGAUCCUCAACUUUCAGAACGCUUUGCAAAUAUGCUUACGGCUGAGGGACAGAUUCCUCUGGAGGUUCUGGGUUCUGUAGAAGAGUUCCUAUUGAAAAAAUCAAAAGAGGAACCUGGGGACUUUGAUAAGCUCUACUUAGUGGCAGCUUCCUUUGAAGACGUGGGAAAUCACACCAUAGUGACAGCGCUGUUCAACAACCAGGCGUACCAUGCUUCUGCCCUGGCUCUGGCACUGGUGGACAAUUUUCUCUUCAAGUUGCUUUCUGGUGCCGGGGCUUCCAUUACCGUAUCCAACCACCCUCAACCUCCGACAUUUGUGAAGGAGGAGGAGAAUUUGUGGUAUCAGGGCCCUAAAGGACAUUACCUUGUUAUCAACUUGCUUUUUGGAUUAGCUUUCCUGUCUAGCUCUUUUUCCAUGUUGACAGUUAGAGAGAGGCUUGUUAAGGCCAAGCAUGUCCAGUUUAUCAGUGGAGCUUAUGUGGCCAUUUUCUGGCUCUCCGCUCUGCUGUGGGACCUCAUCUCCUUCCUCAUCCCCAGUCUGCUGCUGUUGGUGGUGUUUUUAUACUAUCGUGAGGAAGCUUAUACACACAAUGAAAAUGUCCUGGCUGUUAUCCUGCUGUUAAUGCUCUAUGGCUCCGCUAUCAUCCCCUUCGUCUACUUGGUCAGCUUCUCUUUCAAUAACGCGGGCAACACCUGUGUCAAGCUGAUCAUCAUGCUCACCUUCCUCAGCAUCUGCCCCUUCAUCCUUGUCUCAGUCACAGGUGAACAAGAUCUAGGCUACGUAACAAUCUCAGAAUCCUUGGAUAAUACAUUCCUAAUAUUUCCAGGCCACUGCCUGGGGAUGGCUUUCUCUAACUUAUAUUACAACUUUGGACUACAGAGGUUGUGCAGUAUCAAGAACCUGAGUGAGACUAAAUGCAAUGACAUUGGUGACGGGUAUGUGAUCCAAAAGAACAUCUAUGCGUGGGAGUCGCUAGGUAUGGGGAAGUACCUCAUGGCUCUGGCUAUAUCAGGACCUGUGUACAUCAUCCUGCUUUUCUUUGUUGAAACCAAUAUGUUCCAGAAACUGAAAACCAGGGUGUGUGACUUCUGCAUGAGGCAAAAUUUGGUGAUGUUGCACAAAGUAGCAUUAGUGCCUGAAGACCAAGAUGUGGAAGAAGAGGCAAAAAAUAUCCGGACUUAUUUGGAAAAUUUGUGUCAGAAAAAUCCACUAGUUGUUAAAGAAAUAUCAAAGAUCUACGUCCAGAAGGUACCCCUGCUGGCUGUGAACAAAGUGUCCUUCACUGUGCCACCACAAGAAUGCUUUGGCCUGCUUGGCAUCAAUGGGGCUGGGAAGUCUUCCAUUUUCAAAAUGCUGACUGGGCAGAAGCCCAUAACCUCUGGGGACGGCUUUGUCAAGGGCCUCAGCAUCAGCUCUGACGUAGGGAAGGUACGGCGGUGGAUUGGUUACUGUCCUCAGUUUGAUGCUCUGCUGAACUUCAUGACAGGCCGCGAGAUGCUGGUCAUGUAUGCCCGGAUCCGGGGCAUCCCAGAGCGCCACAUCUGUGCUUGUGUGGACCAGAUUAUUGAGGACUUAGUCAUGUACAUGCAUGCUGACAAGCUGGUCAAGACCUACAGUGGUGGUAACAAGCGCAAGCUGAGCACUGGCAUCGCCCUGAUUGGACAGCCUGCUGUCAUAUUCCUGGACGAGCCAUCCACUGGCAUGGACCCCGUGGCCCGACGCCUGCUCUGGAAUGUGGUGGCACGAGCCCGCGAGUCCGGCAAGGCCAUCGUCAUCACCUCCCACAGCAUGGAGGAGUGUGAGGCCCUGUGCACCCGGCUGGCCAUCAUGGUGCAGGGGCAGUUCAAGUGCCUGGGCAGCCCCCAGCACCUCAAAAGCAAGUUUGGCAGCGGCUACUCCCUGCGGGCCAAGGUCCGGAGCGAAGGGCAGCAGGAGGCGCUGGAGGAGUUCAAGGCCUUCGUGGACCUGACCUUUCCAGGCAGCGUCCUGGAAGAUGAGCACCAAGGCAUGGUCCAUUACCACCUGAUGGGCCAAAACCUCAGCUGGGCAAAGGUGUUUGGCACUCUGGAGCAAGCCAAGAAGAAGUACAUGCUGGAUGACUACGCAGUCAGUCAGGUCACCCUGGAGGACAUUUUCCUGAGCUUUGCCCGCCCUGUGCCCCUGGUCCAAAGUGAAGGCCGACGAGAGCAGGCAGAGCACGAGGGCCCCUCAUCGUGCCUGCUGCCUCCCUCAGAGCCUGUCCUGCUAUAAUAAAGACAUCCCAGUGCCAGGUUGGCCCAGGUGUGCCUGGCCUGCCUUCAGCUUCCAGGGCUACAGAGGCAGCUCUCAGCCCAGCUGGCUCGGCACGGGGCUCUCCCCUCAACUGCAGUGCAUGGAGCAGAGUGGGGCCCAUUGGGUAACUUGAGAGGCCCCCUGGAGAACCCAGGAGCGUUUCAGUAGAAACGGAUGCCCGAGUCCUACCUGAGUAGCCUGUGGUCUUCCUGAGACCUGGCUGUGGAAGCAGCCUCAAAACAUCUUGCAUGUCCUUUCCAAGGGUGGUGGCCAGGGGGUGACCACAGUACUAACCAUGGCCCGACCAGGUGCCAGCUCUGUGGUCAAUCCCCUGCAGGCAUCAUGUCAUUUGAUCACACCACCCUCAGGCCCAGCUUCAAUGGGCCUGUCCUGGCCAUGCCCUUGCUCAUGGGCAAGAAGUCUGCAGGGCAGAGGGAAAUGCUCACCCAAAGCUUGCGCUCUUCCUUGUCUAGAAUCUCCUGCCCAGAUCGUUUGUCCAUCCAGUGCACUCCCUCCCAGGGCAGGGCAGGCCAUGCCAGCCAACGCAGCCUGAGACUCGAGGUGCAGGAAAGCAGCAGCUCUGCAGAACUGCGGGUGGAGUUUGGAUGGGUGUGUGGGGGGUUCCACACAUGUGCACAGAUCCCUUGGAAAGCAGGAUAGAGCCAGAAAGAGAGAAGGGUGUCCGCAGGCCAGGGCAGGCCUGGCUCCUGUGGCCACAUGCAAGAGUGGAGCUUCGCAGAGACCAUGAUUCUCAACUCACACCUGGCCUCCAGGUGGUAAUGACAAGUUUCGUCUGAAGGAAGGAAGAAAGAAAUAUUGACAAGUUUGCUAGCCUAAGUUAGGAUGUUAUCGUAUUUAAAUACUUGGAUGUGUGGAGUUUCAUCCUCUUCCCUGGCUCCUGCAAAGUUAGGGCUACAUGUGGUCCUAUAUCCACCCAUGAAGUGGGCAGCACCCCACCUCCCACAUGGCUUGACUGCCCUAGAGGCAGCCAGCAACUUCCCACAUCAACAGGCAGGGGAGCCAGGGUUACAAUGGGGCAGAGGUUCUCCCAGUGGGGUCCCAGCAGCAGCAGCAGCACCAUCGGGAAACUUGUUAGAAAUGUAGGCUCUUGGACCCCACUCCAAACAUACUGAAUCAGAAAUGCUUGGGGCAGUGCCAGCAAUCCAUGUUGCAACAAGCCCUAUAGCAGGUGCUCUGACACAGCUCCAGUGUGAGAACCUCCACUGAGAGCCUCCACUGAGCAGAGGCCCCGUAGGCCCCAUACAUCCAGAUGCAGAUGGAUGUGGCCACAUGCCUUUGUCGUGGACAUUCUCCUCUCUGAGUCCGUCAGCGGCCUUUCUUUCUCUGUGGAGCUCACUGUCCCUUGCCACAGGCCCCUCAGCUCCCUCUGGGAAGUUCAGGUGCAGGACUCAGGAACAUGUGGGGCACCGGCCUUGCCUAUGCUUCCCACAGCUCUUGCCCAGAACAAUGGCAUGGCACACCUGUGGUCGCCAACCCACCCUCUUCUUAGUGCUUGUUUCAGGUGACUGCUCCCUGUGAUGAAGGCCACCUCUGCUCCCACAUCCAGCUCUCAUUCCUCCCAUGACCCUCUCUGCCUCCACUGAAGGCCCAUCCUCCUCUUUGAAUGUGGGAUGUCUCAGGCUCCCAACCUACUUCGUGUUCCCGUACUCUCCCCCGACCCUCACCACCCAUGACAUUUUCAACUGACACCUCAUUCCACCAGGAAUUUCCCUGAGCUCCUAACGGUUUGGACUUUUCCAACAAGGCGUCACCUUGGAUGUGUGGACUUUCACCCUCUUCUAGAAUCCCCUGCCCAGAUCGUUUGUCCAUCCAGUACGCUCCCUCCCACAGCAGGCCAUGCCACCCAACGCACCCUGAGACACAAGGUGGACACACACUGCUCCGGCCUCCAAGUCUGUGGCUUCUCUCCAGGGCUGACCCUUCUAAUUUGGACUUGAAAACAAGACUCUUCAAACCCACAGAUCCUUACUGAUCAUUUCUGAAGCCCAGUGGGAAAUGGGCUGACACCCUGGAGGAGCCACUCAUCACCCCAGUGCAGCCCUGGAGGCUCCGGCUGCCAGCGCAGUGGGUGGAAUGAGCCAGGCAUGGCUGGAGCCAAGACAACUCCUGCUCCCUGAAAAAGACAUUUGCCUCUCAAUAUAGAAAGAAGAGUGAUCAGGACACAAAGCACAGGAUGGACUCAAACAACAUAGGGAGCAGGGAUGCUGUUCUGGGUCCUAGAGGUAGCCGGUGUCACCAGUGUGCUCAUGGCUGGCUCUUGAUUAAUCCCUUCAAGAGGCUCACCCUGAAAGUGAACCUCUGCCCUAGGGGGAGACAGGUAACAGUGACAAAGUAGGAAACAGUAACCUAGGCAGACAAAAAUGAGAUGAUGGGAUAAGAAAUCUGGGGGCUGAGAACAUGGGAUAUCUGGGGAGCAGGCCCCAAACUCGCUCAUCCUGUCCUCUCUUCACCCUCCUUCACCAGCUUCCUGAUUCCAGGGCAGGGAAUAGUCCCAACUUCCAGGGCCUCUCUGGGGCCACGAACUCUGUGCCCUGUGCUGUGAUCACCUGCGUACUCUGUCUCGCUCCAGGCUGGCUGACGCCUGCACGCCAGAGCUCCUGUCUGUGCCCAGGACAGGCGCAGUACCUUUAGGGGUUCUGUGGUCACGAGGGCCGUGGGCACUCAGAAGGAUGGGAGGGUGCAGACUGAGGGAAGCGUGAGGGAGAGGGGGGCAGCCUUGGCCCAGGCCCCCGCCUCCACCAGACCCUCGGGAGGCUGAGUGUCUUCCCUUGACAGCCCGUGCCGUGAAAGGGGUGGAGUGUGGCU